AUGACAUCUGUGGCGGCUCUAGAUGCUACUGUGAAGAUGCUCUCCUAUCAUCUGCCUGUCUGGGGUCACAUCACCCUCCUUGCCUUGACAAUACUCGCAUUUGCGCCGCACCUCUACUUUCUAGCUCGGAAGCAAGAUAGUAGCCCGAUUUCCAUCGUGUAUAUCCUGUUAAAUCUUGUCGUGGCCACCGAGCAAUUUGCUGUGUCCUACUUUUUUGCCAUCUAUCCUACCAACACCAAGUGUCUCAUUUGCCCGACCUACAAGGGUAUAUUCUCUCACACUCCUCUUGAUGUCGGCGACUGGUUGAACUUUGCUCACUUCUUGACCGUGUUUAUUCUGUUGCUGAUAAUGUACAAAUCGCCUUCUACUCCUAGUGAACAGCUACUUACAGAUGCCAGCUUCACUCUCUGUCUUCGAUAUCGUCCGUCACAAAACCGAGAAGACGUGACAGUCUUUGCCAGACGCUCUGGUUUGAUUUAUGCAUGGUUUCUGCUCUUCACGAUCGGGCCCCUUCUUGUAGAGACCGCGUUCGGGGGAAUUGAUUAUCGCAGCAGGACGUCGCCUAUUCUUUUUGUCUACCAAUUUUUCCAUAUAUUCUUUCUGGCCCCUUUGAUGCCAGUAUUUCAAGCAAUAGGGAUUGUUGUGCAGUUAAGAAGAGAUCGCGAGACUCACGACCGAGCGCCGCUAUACGUCCAAGGCGGACUGAUAGCGCAGACUAUCAUCUUUUGUCUCCUGGCAGUAGCUUGGCCAUACCGUCUUUUACUUGAUGACGAAAAUUGGAGCUUACUGUCCUGGUAUACAUUUAUCGGGUGGAUUAGUGUUAGCAGUGGUAUCUACGCAUUUGGCCAAGGCUUGUUGCUGUUCUAUCUGAGAGGGGUUGGCCGGAUUGAGGGAGACGAGACAGGAGAAAGGCAAGCCCUCUUACACGAUGCGCCGACGGAGCAUACAAAUGAAGCAGACGGUGGCCAAUGA